CACAAGCAAAGAGAAAGGUUUUAUAAAGCCAAGCAAAAAUACGAUUCAAUUUCAGUUUGGCGAUAAACACGGGGUCGCGUAGUUGCACACGUUUGAUCCAAUAAAUACACCAUACCAUUUAAGCGAUUUUUGAGCGAGACAAAAACGAGCUCAGUAUUAAUUAGCAAGAGGAAAAAAAAAAUCAAAAUAGAAUUGGAGCUUCAAAAAAAUACCAGCACUGGAUUUCGGCUCUCGUGAGAUAAUUCAUCAGUUUUAUUAUCCCAGAACGAGGAAAUAUUCGAGCGCACCGAUGUGGAUUUUUAACGAACAAACCUGAUCAAAUCGACCAAUUUUACCGUUACAUUUCCACCCGAAAAACGUGUGUUGUGCGCGUUGGAAGUUUUCUUUGGCAGCUCAACGGUUCAAUCAGAGACAUUGAAAGGAGUGAAGGCACCGAUACACUGACUUACCCAGUUUUGUGAACUUAAAAAGUGUGUAAUUGAAGACCAAGUUUAAUGUAGUUCAAUUUGGAUAAGAAUCUCCUGUAAAUUUGGUGCAGAACAUUCAAUAAAUUGGUUGCUUAUCAAGAAUCUUCGUACAGAACAUUCCAAUGCGAACGAUUCGAGUGGCCGAUUUUUUAAACUGACGCAAAGAAGCAAAAAAGAAACUCAAUCACAAUUCAAGUGCAGCAAAAGUUGAUCCAAUCUUCGAUUUAUAAAACAACGGAUUUAUUGCAAUUUUUUGUUUCUGUUUCGGUUUGAUUACUUAAUUUUUUUUUUUUCCGUUUGUUUGUUUGUAUCAAAUACGACAAGACAAAACAAGACAGCUUAAGAAAAGUACAACAGAAGAAGAAGAAGAGAAAAAAACAAACACAUAGUAAACUAUGGCUGUUAAGUGGAAACCAAGUGCCACCGCAUUUUGUGUGCUUUGUUGUUUUUUAAUAAUUCUCUCAAAUGCAUUUGUGAAUGGCGUACGAGUUCAAUCGAAACGUGUUAAAGCAGCCGCUGCUAAAGACACAACAGAUAAAUCAGAUCAAUCAACGGCCGAAUCAUGGUGGCGAUCACAUAUAACGACGCCCGGCGCUGAUGCGUCGCUGGACAAUAACUUUUUUUCGGCAACACAUGGUCUAGUUCAAACACAUCCAUCGCUGAGCGGUGGCAUCCCACGGCCAGCGGGCAUUCGAAGCAGCCAAAUUGGUGGUGUUGCAGCUGCAAUUAAUCCAUCACUUGGAGCAACACUUGCGGCAGCCAAUCCAAAAUCGCCAUACAGACAUUUGGACUUUGCCAGCAGUGCAACGGCUGAAUUACGACGUAAUCCAAAUCUAUCCGCACCCGAUGAAUGUGCACGCGCCUGCCGAGAAGGUGAACCACCUAGAAUAUGUUACUAUCAUUUUACACUCGAAUACUACACCGUUUUGGGAGCCGCAUGUCAAGUGUGUACACCAAAUGCAACAAACACCGUAUGGAGUCAUUGCCAGUGUGUGCUGGCCGAUGGCGUUGAACGUGGUAUUUUGACCGCCAAUCGUAUGAUACCUGGACCCAGCAUUCAAGUGUGCGAGAAUGAUAAGAUCGUUGUCGAUGUGGAAAACCAUAUGGAAGGUAUGGAGGUUUCGAUCCAUUGGCACGGCAUCCAUCAACGUAACUCACAGUAUUAUGAUGGUGUCCCGUUUGUUACACAAUGUCCCAUUCAACAAGGAAACACUUUCAGAUACCAAUUUACCGGAAAUGCUGGAACCCACUUCUGGCAUUCGCAUACUGGAUUACAGAAAAUCGACGGUCUCUAUGGCAGUUUGAUCGUGCGUCAGCCACCAUCACGUGAUCCAAAUUCGCAUCUGUACGAUUUUGAUUUGACCACACACAUUGUACUGCUGAGCGAUUGGUUGCACGAAGAUGCGGCCGAACGUUAUCCUGGCCGUUUGGCCGUCAACACUGGACAAGAUCCCGAAUCGAUGUUGAUCAAUGGUCGUGGCCAAUUCCGUGAUCCAAACACUGGUUUCAUGACAAAUACACCGCUCGAAAUAUUCACAAUGACACCGGGCCGUCGAUACCGUUUCCGCUUAAUUAAUGCAUUUGCGUCUGUCUGUCCAGCUCAAAUCACAUUCGAAGGUCAUGGCUUGACAAUAAUUGCAACUGACGGUGAGCCAGUGCAUCCCGUUCAAGUGAACACCAUUAUCUCAUUUUCGGGUGAAAGAUACGAUUUCGUAAUCAAUGCUGAUCAACCAGUUGGAGCGUAUUGGAUACAGGCACGUGGUUUGGGUGAAUGUGGUAUUCGACGUGUCCAACAAUUGGCCAUCCUUCGUUAUGCUCGCGGGCCAUAUCAACCAACGGCUGUUGCGCCAACCUAUGAUGUCGGUCUGCCACAAGGAGUCGUAUUGAACCCAUUAGACGCACAAUGUAAUCAACAACGGGACGAUGCCAUCUGCGUUAGCCAACUGAAAAAUGCACUGGCCGUCGAUCAAGAUAUUUUGCAAGCGAAACCAGACGUUAAAAUCUUCUUGCCAUUCCGAUUCUACUUGUAUCGCGUCGAAGAACUCUUCCAGCCAAACACAUAUAACCGUUUUUUGGUCGCACCAACCGGUGACCAUGUCAUUUCUCUGAUCGAUGAGAUUUCAUAUUUGUCACCGCCAGCACCACUUCUGUCGCAGUACGAUGACAUCAAUCCGGAGCAAUUCUGCAAUGGUGACAAUCGACCAGCUGAUUGUGGCACCAAUUGCAUGUGUACACACAAAAUCGAUAUACCGCUCAAUGCAGUCGUCGAAAUCGUUUUGGUUGACGAAGUUCAACAGCCAAAUCUAAGUCAUCCGUUCCAUUUGCACGGUUAUAGUUAUAGUGUGAUUGGUAUCGGCCGAUCGCCGGAUACAAAUGUCAAGAAGAUCAAUUUGAAGCAUGCACUCGAUUUGGAUCGUCGUGGUUUAUUGCAUCGACAAUACAAUUUGCCACCAUCGAAAGACACAAUAGCUGUACCAAAUAAUGGUUAUGUUGUUUUACGUUUUAGAGCUGACAAUCCAGGCUCGUGGUUGUUCCAUUGCCAUUUCCUCUACCACAUCGUCAUUGGAAUGAAUUUAAUCUUGCAAGUCGGUACACAGUCCGAUUUGCCACCAAUUCCGCCCAGCUUCCCAACAUGUGGUGAUCACACGCCGCCAAUACCAAUUAAUUAAACAUCAACACCUCAGAAAAAAAACAGCACAUGAACCGAAAACAAUUACAUCCAAACACCUUUUUUUUUUUUAAAUCCUUUCAAUCAUUUGCCAAAAUUAUUCCUCUCCGUUAUUACUUUGUAUUCAUAAUUUCUUUCGUUUCUUUCGCUUUUUCAAAAUGUGCGGCGCGCUUUAGUGCAGCUCCUUCCGGCCAAUCACUUCAUUUGAUUUGUCUCUGUGUAGCAUUUAAAAUAAACAUUUAGCUCAAAAUAACCAUAUUCACAUUCAAACCAAAAGCAACGAGACUCGUAAUGAAACUUGGCUGAAUGCACAUUGAACGAUGAGUCGCUAAAAUGAGCGCUAUUGCGAUCGAAUUUCGCUCGAGAUUUGGUGAUGGUUCUGUUUGUGUGUGCGUUGUACAAAACGUUCAAUCAUAUUUUAUUUUCUUAUUCUCAUUUGCAUGCGAAGCAGCCUAUUUCUGUCUAUAUACACCCGUGGCAUAUUUGAAACCACUUUGGAAAAUUUGGGAUCAUUUGGAAUGAUAAACUUGCAAAUUGGGGGGAAUUGAAAGAAAAAGUAAAACAAAAGUUGAACAAAGUCCAAUGUAAUUAAAGAAUUUCUUAAUACCAUUUAUCCCACAUAACCAUUUAUUACAUUCGCUCUAAUGAAACUCUUCACUUUUUGGUGUACACAUUUUUUUAGACAAUAAGUUUUUACAGCCAAUGGUUUUCUAUGAUUUAUGAUGAAGUUUUUUUUGAUUUUUAAAUUUCCUACGCAAUAUUUAUUUCAGAUUCAUAUUUUUAUACGUCGAUUUUUUUUUCGUUUUGCUUCCCAAAUUGAAAUGAAGUCAAGAAAAUUUCUUGAAUGAAAUCGUACUUCGAAAUUGACCAACGAAAUUUUUUUUGUCGCAACAAACGAAUUCGAAUUCAAUCUUAUUUCGAUUUUAAGAUUUAUAUUUCUUGCUGGACAAUUUUUUUCGUUCAUUUUAAUUUUUGACGUCAUUUUUUAUGGCAUUAAAAUAUGGCAUCAUGAUGACGAUUCUUCAUUGAUGACACUUUUCAAAGCAAAUACAUAGAAAAUUAGGGAAAAAAAAUCCAUAAUUUAAUCGAUUAAAUCGAAAAAAUAGGGAAGUUUCGAGAUUGUCUAUGAUGGGAAAUCGAAAAAAAUUGUAAUUGAUUUGAAACGUUCAAAAACUUGUGAAAAAUUGGAUGCUAUUGAAAAAAAUUCAAAAAUUCAAAUUCUCAUUUUUUUCCCCGUAAUUACAUUCCGACGCAAAGAAAACAAAAUUUAAACAUUCUCUCAAAACACACAAAAAAUGUUCGCUUCAGCUGAAAUGUUUCUUUAGUUUGAGUUGUGAAAUGUUUCUGUUGCAUCCUCGAUUCUGAAACAAUUAUUGAAAAAUUCUGACGUAAAAGUUCACCUCACAAUUAGCAAAACAAAAAAGAAAGGAAUUGAAGACAGACUGAAACUAAGCGCACAUUUUGUGAUUUUUACUUACCCACCCUUCCCAUCAAAAAAUCACUGCCACUUCCGCAUUUUCUUGUUUUUUUUCUUCUUCUUCUCAUGAUUGUUAACCAAUCCCGAUCCAAUUAACCGUUUACGGAUCAUCAAACAUUAAGACAAUUUUUUCCAAAUCAAUGUUCUCUUCUUCAAAAUCCAUGAUGAAUAUUUUCAAGUUCCAUACGAAUUCGGCAAACAAAAAAGUGAAUACCAAACACAGAGCAAAUGUUUUCUUUGGGGAAAAAAAAAAAAACGAACAAUUGAAUUACUCAUAAUUUAAUAUUAAAAAAAAAAAUGCAAAAUAAUCAAAUGUACUUUACCUUAAUCUAGACUAUUUUAAUAAUAGUAAAUAUAUAAUUUAAAUUGAUUUACAACAAAGUUACAUGAAACAAAUGAUGAAGAAAUAAUUUCUUAAAAAAAGUGACGACAAUAAUGUCUUCAAAUGGUGCACAUUAGGCAAAACACAAAUCGGCGAAUUGAUUAAUAUAUAAAUCUAUAAAUAUAAUUAUAUAAAAAAAUGGCAAAGGAAGUCCACAGCGUCCAAAAUAUUGGACGACCGCACACACUCGUUUGAAAUUUAAAACAAAAAAAAAAUUGCAGCAGCAGCGAUACCUAUUAAAUUCGUAUGUCAUAAGUGUAAAUAAUUUAUUAUUUUGUAUAUUGAAAUAUAUCUAUUUCCUGAAAGAAAAAAAAAAAAACAGAACAAAACAAAAAAAAACACAAACACACUUAGCUCUUAGCCAAACCCAAACCGUUUCCUUUGUACAUAGCAUUUUCUUCCAGAUCUUUUUCUUAUUUUUGGGCUAAAAACAGACAUGUUUUAUUCUUUCUCAUGUAAAUACUGUACAGCUAUUAUCUUCAACAAUUUUUUUAAAAAUUGUAUAUAGAUUUUCAGUUGAUUUUUGACCAUUUUACAGUCGAUUUGCUUUUGUGGCGGAAAAUAGUUUCUAAAAAAUGAAACUAUUUUUUCCCCAAAAUAAUUUUGAAUUUUUAAAUAAUAAUUCUUUCUUCUUUUUAAAUUUGAACAAAAA